AUGGCCGAUUCUUCCAGUUCAGGCGCCGCUGCUGGUACCGCUGGUGCCAGCCAGCCAAAGGCGGCUCCAAAGCCACCUAACCCGGUAUUCAAGAUGAUGGGUCUGCCGAAUAUUCGCUUCAAGCUGCCCUCUCGCAACUGGAUGAUCUUCUUCACUGUCACCGGUUCCUUCGCCGGUGCCAUUAUCUACGACCGUCGGGAGAAGCGCCGCUCACAACAGAAAUGGUGCGACCUCGUGGCUCAUAUCGCAAACGAGCCGCUGGGCGUGGACCAGAUGCGCCGCAAGUUGACCGUUUACUUGGCUGCGCCGCCGGGCGAUGGUCUUCGCGUGGCGAGGGACCAUUUCAAGGAGUACGUGAAGCCCAUUCUGACCGCCGCGGCGUUGGAUUACACCGUCAUCGAAGGACGUCGCGAGGGCGAUGUCCGUGCCAGCACUGCAGAGGGCAUUCGCAAGUUGAGGCGGAAGGCUGGUGAGCAGAGCUCGGUUAUUGAGGAGCCCAGCGUUGAGUCGGCUGUCUUGGACAUGCGCGAGCGGAUGGGUAUCCGGGAUGAGCCCGGUGCCAAGGGUGAUCUGGUUAUUGGACGGCAUACAUGGAAGGAAUACGUUCGGGGCUUGCAUGAGGGUUGGCUUGGACCAUUGAGCCCUCCACCGCCUCCCGUUGCAGACGUCAUUCCAGCUGAGCUGGUAGAGGAGACAAUGCAGGACACCGCAGCCGGUGAUCAGCCCUCCGAUGCCGCACAAGCCAGCCCCGAGCAGAAGACUGAGCCCGAGGAAAAGAAGGAAGAGAAGCCCUCGAAGCCUGCCGGCCCCGCUGAGCCUUACAUCCUCACUGCCGAUUAUCCCUCCGCCCACCUCCCCUCCUCGAUCCCCCAGUCCCUCGACAGCUCCGUGCCCAUUGAAUUCCCCCACAUCCUCGGCUUCUUCAACACCCCGAUCCGCAUGUACCGCUACCUUACCCAACGACACCUUGCCGAGAGCAUUGGCAGCCAAGUCGCAGCCCUUGUCCUCGCCGCAGACGCCAGACCCUACCGCGACGAGUCCUUCAGCUCCGACUCCGAAGUAAGCGCAGCAAGCGCCGACUCAACCCCCUCCGGCACAUACGAACAGCAAACCCUGCUCGAACACGAAGAGAAGGAGUGGCACAAAUCCGUUCACAAGCGCGAUGAGGAAAACAAAGAUAAGGAACGUGAGUGGCUAGAUGAUAUCGUGCUUGAUCAGCGCAUUGCCUCGCGCAUGCAGCGUGCCACAAUUUCGCCCGAAGACGAGGCUCGCUCUCAGCGCAUCGCUUCGGAGGAGGAAUACAUUCUCGGUCAGGAACGGCCGCCUCCCGUUGCUUUCUGGCAGCGCAUGUGGAUCAAGUACGGCUACGGCGAGGACGAGGAGACUUUAAGGAAAAAGCCUAUCCUUCCUAUCGUUGAUGACGAGGAAUAG